AUGAUUUGUGCCGAUGCGCCUGCAAAAUCAUUUGUAUUAAAUUUAAAAGGACAUAGUGGUUUUUAUAGUUGUACAAAGUGUGAUGUUCACGGAGCACGGACUGACAAUAGAGUAUGCCUCCCAGAUUGCAGUGGGCCACUCAGAUCAGAUGCUGAUUUUGUAUUUCGUACAGAUCACAAUUACCAUUUAAUGAACAAAGAAAUAAGUGCACUUCAAUCCAUUCCAGGAAUAGGACUUGUAACUAAUGUCCCUCUUGAUUACCUACAUUUAGUAUGCCUUGGUGUGAUGAAAAAAAUGAUAAUGCUUUGGAUGAAGUCUCGUAGGUAUAAUGUUCAUAUUCGUCCUGUUCAAGUUCAACAAAUAUCCAAUUUUCUUGAAAAUAUAAAAUGUUUUGUUCCAUUUGAGUUCAAUAGAAAACCGCGAUCCCUUUUGAUGUUCAAACAAUGGAAAGCAACUGAGUUUAGGCAAUUGCUAUUGUACACGGGUCCUGUGGUUCUAAUGAAUGUUGUAUCAAUUGACAUACAUUCAAAUUUUCUUACACUGCAUGUAGCAAUUACUAUUUUGUGUUCAAAACGUUUGUGUAAACAACCUGUGUUUGUUCAAUAUGCUGAAGAUCUGUUGAAACAUUACGUUGUAACAUUUGGAAAUUUGUACGGACAUCAAUUUAUUAGCCAUAACAUACAUGGUCUUUUACACAUAACUGAAGAUGUUCGUCAUUUUGGUCCUUUAGACAACUUCAGUACUUUAAAAUUUGAAAAUUUCAUGCAACAAAUAAAAAAACUAGUUCGCAAAUAUGAUAGACCAUUGCAACAAAUUGUUAAAAGACUCGGUGAAUUAAAUAAUCAUAAAUCAAAAUAUGUGUCUUGUGAUGAUGACUAUAGAUUUAAAUUUGAAAAUCCUCAUGAAUCCAGACCGUUGACAGAAGGAUUGUUAUCACCAGGGUACAAAAAAAUUAUUUGUAAAGACUAUGUUCUAAUUGCAAAUGAUAUAAAAAAUAACUGUUGUAUUUUGGCUAAUGGAAGUAUUGUUUUAAUUGAAAAUGUAGGAUUCAGUAAUGACAAAAGAAGCCAAAUGAUAAUAGGAAAAGAAUAUUUUAAAAAAAUAGAUUUAUACACCAUACCAUGUAAAUCUUCACUAUUAGGUAUAUACAAAGUGUCUAAAUUAUCUAGAAGAAAGGCGUGGAUGGUUUCAGAUAUCAUAAAUAAAGGUUUUAUAUAUUGCUCGGGUUCUCCAAUGUGGAAGGUUGUAUUUCCAAUACUACAUACAGACACCGAAGAAAUACAGUCCUUAUAA